AUGCCCGCCAUAUUUCCUGGUGUCGAGAGCGAAUGCGAGCUUCUACUUACCUAUCGCCAACUCGCGCGGGACUCUACAGCUCUGCACGAGAUACCUGGCCUUCAAAAACGUCUCUCCGCACUAUCGAAAAGCCCCCGCCUAUUCCAGUAUUUGGGUAACGACCCUGCCGAUGUCCCAGUGCACGAAUGGGUCCCUCGCUCGUCGACAGUAAUAACCAUCACUACGUGCUUCCUGGCGAUGGACGUUAUCGCUCACCGCGAUCCCUCUCUGACUAUUUGGACGCAGCGUGCUCUCGCCGCUUUCCUGCCGCGCGCGUUUCGGUGGCUUCCGUACCUUCACCCUGCUUACAGCAAUCUUCGACCACAUCCCUACCAUAUAGGUGUCCUCGUCCACAUUCUCCCCGUCAUGUAUCGACAUGCCACACGCACCUGGAGUUUCCGCGAGCGUUCCGCAACUCUGAACAGAUACCUUCUGUCGCUGUGGAUUCACGUCGUGACUCAUCUGGACCCUGACUCAUGGGAUGCGCCGCACGACGGUGGGACGAGUGACCUCGACCAUCUACACCUGCUCGGGGAUUGCGUGCUGGAUAUGCUCAGCCCCAAGGACGCACUUGCGGGUCGCCCGGAGCGCAGUCAUCUAUGCGCUACAUUGCGUGAAGAAUUUCUGCUUGUGACGAAAGGAAAACCCCGCCGUGCACUCGCAGGUUUCUUACGCACUGUGACCGGACUUUUUGGUCACGCAACUGCCUCGCUGGAACACCGUCCCCUGCAUGUACACAUCCGAGUCAUCACAGCUUUGGUGGAGAAUAUAGUCCCCGAGACGUGUCAUUCUCGUGAUAUCCUUCGACUUUCCGUGGACCUUAGUCGCCAGACUCGGCGCACAGACGCCGUUGAGGCGGCGUGCCAUCUACUGCUCGCGCUUUGGACUACAGCGCGGAACAACGAUCCGUUGGUGUGGUCGCUGCAGCGUGGUCUGAUCCACGUCUUGCGACCUGACCAUCGAGACAGCGUUGUCGUUGAGAGUGCACGUCUUGCGAUCCAUCGCUAUGUCGCUGCUCGUACGACAUCUCGGGGCAUACUGCUUGCUCUCAUGGCUGAAAGACUACCUUUAUCGGUCCUCACCGAAGGAUUCUCCGGCGAUGUCUCAGUGAUGCGAGAGGUAGAGGUCUUGCUUGAGCGGCGACUCCAGAUGAUAUCCUUUGCGGGUGGCAGAACUUGUUCCAUGAAGCUGUGCAGAAAAGCAAUGACUUCUACGCAAAUAUACUGUUGCAACAUCAAAUCACCGUUUGAUACGGCUUUUGCUGCCCUGCAAGCUCUUGAGUAUAUGCAUUCGGCGAGGGGCUGCAACCUGCUUGAGGACCUCGUUCGCAUCGAGGAGGCUUGCCGCGCUCUGGAGGGACCGGACGAAGUCAACGUGGAGCUCUUGCUCGAUCGACUGCCACCUCAGCAUACCAUUACCCUCAAGACACCGGCGGGAAGUCCUCCGACGAAGACGAUUUUAAUCAUGAAGGCGCGACUCUUUCUACACAAACCAUCUGUUGUGACGAUUGUGCUUGAACCCAAGUCUCUGUCGUCAUUCCUGGGUGCAUUUAAUCUGAACAUUGGAUGUAAGACUUGA